UCGUGCAAUAAAGUAAAGCAAACCGAGUAGAUCGAGAGUAGUUUCCUUGUUCUAUUCUAGUUGUUGUUUGUUGUUGAUUUUCGAUUUUCUAUAUCAGAAGAUUAAUAAUAACCGCCCGACCCCUCAAUCCAAUUCCCAUUCCCAUUACAAUUACAUACAUGCUCUGUUUCUUUUUCAAUAUAUAAACCCAUUCUGUGUGCGUUUUUUUCAUCCCUUUAAUCAAGAUCCCAUCUUUCUUUGUCUUUAAUCCCAAACCCUAAUUUCCUUUUUAGGGUUUUCUUUCAGACACAAGUUAUAUAAUAAUAAUAAUGGUGGGUGCGGAAGUGCCAAAGCUGCACGGGGUUACGAAACCCUUAUCUCUCGCUGGUCCAUCUCACGCUGAUUUACUCAGAACCAAAAAACUCAAUCAGUUUCUGGUGGAUUCUGGAUUAUAUGAAAGUAAAGAAGAAACUGCCAAAAGGGAACAAGUUCUUGCAAGAAUUAAACAGAUUGUAGUUGAUUGGGUGAAGAACCUUACACGUCUACGAGGAUAUACCGAUCAGAUGGUGCAGGAUGCAAAUGCUGUGAUAUUAACUUUUGGUUCAUAUAAGCUUGGGGUUCAUGGUCCUGGGGCAGAUAUCGACACCUUGUGUGUUGGGCCGUCCUAUGUAAAUCGGGAUGAGGAUUUCUUUUUUAUAUUGCACGACAUCUUGGCAGGAAUGGUUGAAGUUACUGAACUUCAACCGGUUCCUGAUGCUCAUGUUCCAGUCAUGAAAUUCAAGUUUGAGGGGAUAUCUAUUGAUCUUCUAUAUGCCAGCAUCUCCCUUUUGGUUGUUCCAGAUAAUCUAGACAUAUCUGAUGUCUCAGUUUUGUACAAUGUUGAUGAGCCUACGGUUAGGAGUCUUAAUGGUUGCAGGGUUGCCGAUCAGAUUCUUAAACAUGUUCCAAAUGCUGAGCAUUUUCGUACUACACUUCGUUGCUUGAAGUUCUGGGCUAAAAGGCGUGGUGUUUAUUCAAAUGUGACUGGUUUUCUUGGUGGUGUGAAUUGGGCUCUUCUAGUUGGCCGGGUUUGUCAAUUAUAUCCAAAUGCUGUUCCAAGUAUGCUAGUGUCGAGGUUUUUCAGGGUGUAUACGCAGUGGCGCUGGCCAAAUCCGGUUAUGCUUUGUGCUAUAGAAGAGGAAGAACUUGGGUUUGCUGUAUGGGAUCCCCGUAGAAACCCAAAGGACAGAACUCACCUUAUGCCGAUUAUAACACCUGCAUACCCUUGCAUGAAUUCUAGCUAUAAUGUCUCCACAAGUACACUCCGUGUCAUGAAUGAACAGUUUCUAUUCGGCAAUAGAAUAUGUGAGGAGAUAGAACUUAACAAAGCCCAGUGGUCCGCGUUGUUUGAACCGUAUAUGUUCUUCGAAAGCUACAAAAACUAUCUGCAGGUUGAUAUAGUUGCUGCCGAUACUGAUGAGUUGCGUGCUUGGAAAGGUUGGGUGGAAUCCCGUUUAAGGCAGCUGACUUUGAUGAUUGAACGGGACACUUCAGGGAAGCUGCAGUGCCAUCCAUAUCCUCACGAGUAUUCUGAUCCCUUAAAGCAAUGCACACAUAGUGCUUUCUUCAUGGGGUUGCAGAGGAAGCAAGGUGAAGUGAUUUUAGAAGGUCAACAGUUUGACAUCCGUGGGACCGUUGACGAGUUUAGGCACUCGGUGAAUAUGUAUAUGUUUUGGACACCAGGGAUGGAGAUUUAUGUUUCUCAUGUACGUAGAAAGGAGAUCCCUUUGUAUGUGUUUCCAGAUGGCCUUAAACGUACCAAAUUAUCCAAACCUGUAAAUCAACAAUCAUUCAAUGAACUUUCUAGAAAGAGAAAAGCUGAAGGGGAGUCCGUAGAACGAGACGAAAAAAGGCAAUCUAUGAGCCCUCCGAGUCGGGAUUCAGUUUCUCCUGUAAUUGUUAAUCAUAUCUGUGCCAACGAUUGUGGGGUUGAAGCCCAGAACAUCUUGGAGAAUGCUGAUUCUCAAUCACCAAGAGAUGUGCGAGGGUUUAACAGUCAGGGUUCUGAAGUUCAGCCAACAGUGGAAGUGGAGGCGGUAGUAACUUCCAGAACAGUAGCUGAUGUCGAACAGAAUACGGUUAUGAGGUUAGGCGUAACAUCAACAGCUUGAGAGAAGAUUAGAUUUCAAUUUGCUGGUGUGGGACAGAAGCUAGUGGUAAUGGUAAGUUGUACUCUUUGGUGACUUUGAUUUCUUGCAUCUCUGGCCAUGAUUGUUUUCUCCCAGCAAGGCAGUUUCAAAUGCUAGGACUUACGCUUUGGAGGAAGAGGAAGUUUAGAGUGUUUUCUCUUUUAUUAGUGGCCUAUGGUGGUCUUGAAUAUCGAUGUAAAGUUUUUGUUGGCGUAA